AUGCACAAGACAACUUUGAUAGGCUUCACAAAGGCUACACAAAAUAUUCAAAUUGUUGGGAAGGCUUGUUCUUCUUCUCAUGUUCUUCUUCUCCGAGACUUGUUGAUGAGUAAUAAUAAUUGUAGAAUAAAUAAUUUUCGGAAGGGAUCUAUAAUGAUGGAUUCAUUGAUUAUUAAUAAUUAUAAUAUAAGAAAUUAUCAAAGUCUUGUAGGAGGAGGUAUCAGGGCACCAAAAUUUAAAACUAGUUUUAAUAUUGGAAAUAUUAGAAAGGGAAUUAACAAGAUUGAAAAGAAGGAGGAAGAGGAAAAUUUAAAUAAUAUUCAUAAUGAUACGAUUUAUGCAAUGGCGAGUGGAUUUACAUCGAGUUGUGCUGUUUCUGUGAUUAGAGUGAGUGGAGCCAAAGCAAUGAAUGUUGUCACUAAAAUGACAAAAUUAAAUCCAGAAAAAAUUGAAUCCAGAAAGGCCUAUUAUUGUUCCCUUCACGAUCCAAACAAUAUCAAUAUUCCAAUAGAUAAGGUGCUACUAUUGUAUUUUAAAGGGCCAAAUAGUUUUUCUGGAGAGGAUAUAAUUGAAAUUCAUUGUCACGGAAGUAAGGCUGUUGUUAGUCAAUUAAUGAAAGCUUUGGGAAGUGAAAUUGUUGGAUAUAGACCUGCUGACCCAGGAGAAUUUACCAAACGAGCAUUUUUAAAUAGGAAAAUGGAUUUAACAGAAGUGGAAGGUUUAAGUGAUCUUUUACAUGCACAAACAGAGCAUCAAAGAAUCCAAGCUCUGAAACAAAUUAAUGGUGAAUUAAGCCAUAUUGUGACGAACUGGAAAAGAGAAAUGCUUCAUUGUGUAGCACAUGUAACAGCAUUUAUUGAUUUUGGAGACGAUAACGGAUUGGAAGAGUCGGUUGUAUAUAGAGAGCGAAUUAUGCCUUCAGUUAAAAAGUUGGCAUCAGAAUUAGAAUACUAUUUGGAAAUUUCAAAGAAUAGACUUGGUGAAAGAUUAAGAGAAGGAAAUGGAAUUCGUUGUGCCCUCUUGGGUGCUCCAAAUGCCGGAAAGUCUUCCUUGUUAAAUAUUUUGGCCGAAAAGGAUAUUGCUAUUGUUAGCGACCAAGCAGGCACAACAAGAGAUGUUGUGGAAGUUCAACUCAAUCUUAAAGGUUGGCCUGUCACAGUUGCUGAUACUGCAGGUUUAAGAGAUCAAAAGAAUGAUAUUUCAUCUGAAACAGAACUAGGUAAACACUACUUGAUAGAAAUUGAAGGAAUGAAAAGAGCUAUUCAAAAAGCUAAGGAAGCCGAUAUUAUUUUGAUUGUCAUUGAUUCAUCCGAUAGUCUUGCAUCUGCCAAUCAAAUGUUAGACUCCUGCCUUGAACGGCUCUCUGAAAACAAUCAUCAAAUAUUGGAACAAAAGAAAAUAUUCGCCAUCUUUAACAAGAUUGAUUCACGUGACAAUGUAGAUUUCAUUGGACCUAUUAAUACAGCAAGUGGAAAAGAUAUUCCAACAUUUGCAGUCUCUUGCAUUACAAAAGAAGGAGUCGAUAAACUGAUAGAACGUAUUGGAACAACAGUGGAAAAUAUAUUUACUGGAAAUGAUGAACAAUUCUUCACUAAGGAUGUUGGAUCUCAACAAGCUGAACAUGCUCUUUUAAUUACCAGAGAAAGGCACAGAAUUUCCUUCACCAAAACUCUUUUAUUCCUCAAUAAGGCACUUGAGGAUAAUAAGCAAAUUGAGUUGGCAGCUGAACAUAUUCGACAAGCUCACAAAAGUCUUUGUGAAGUGACAGGAGAUGUUGAUUUCGAACAGAUUCUAGAUGUGGUUUUCAAAGAAUUUUGCAUUGGCAAAUAAUUUAUUUACAAUAUAAUGUCAUUUCGAUUUAGAUAUAGUUGUUAUAUGAUCAUGUUUAAUCCGUGAAACCCACUCCAUCUCUUCUAUAAAAUGUUUUAGUUUGAGCCUUUUUU